CAAAACUUCUCCAACUAUCAAGCAAGUGGAACUACAGACUGGUUUCUCUCUUAUUUUUUCUCUCCGCAUGGCUGCUGAGUUUUUGUUAAUAUAAUUUGUGCAGCAGAAAGUUCUGGUGGCGGAGGCAGAGGCAGAGGGGGGGUCUCCGCUGGUAAAGAUGGAUCAUUUAAUAAGGAGCAGGUUACGCAGGAGAACACCGCUAUUUAUUUUGAUUCUACUUCAUGUGACGGCGACACAAGCGGCUGAUCCCGUUGAUGUUCUGCGGGUGUUGGAGCUGUCAGAAAACAUGGAGGGGGUGUCCUUGAAGGCUGGUCUCUGCAGCAGCAGGAGGGGGACGGAGGAGACAGACCUUGCCUUCAAGAUAGACAAAAAGAUCCAGCUCAGUGCUCCCACCAAACAGCUCUUCCCAGAUUCAAAAUUUCCUGAAAAUUUCUCCCUGAUGGCUACACUGCGAGCUAAAAAAGGCUCCCAGUUCUUCCUGCUUUCAGUCUAUGAUGACCAGGGGGUGCAGCAGCUGGGGAUUGAAGUGGGUCGUUCACCUGUCUUCCUGUAUGAGGAUCAGCAUGGAAAGCCCACACCGGAAAUGUACCCCAUCUUUAAGAAGAUCAACCUCGCUGAUGGAAAAUGGCACAGGAUUGCCUACAGUGUGCAGGACAAGUCUGUAACCAUGUACUUGGACUGUCAGAGGGUGGAGAGCCUGAAACUGCUGCGAGGGGACAACGCUGUAGUCAGCACUGAGGGCGUCACUGUGUUUGGUACACGGCUGCUGGAUGAGGCUGUUUUUGAGGGAGAGAUUCAGCAACUGCUGAUUCUGGAGGACCCCCAAGCUGCUGCCAACUACUGUGUUAACUACAUACCAGACUGUGACUCUGCUUUGCCCUACAAAAGCCGAGCCCUGGAGCUACAGGAGAACACCUUACUUGGGGCUGAUGCCAUGAUGCAAAGUGACCAGCCCACUGAACCACAGGAACACUCAGAGAAGGACAAGAAAGGCAAAAAGAACAAAAAGAAGAGGGAAAAAGGCUCUAAAGGCAAACGCAAAGGCAAGGGCAAAAAGGCAUCCAGGAAGAAAAAACAUGAGGAGGGUCUUGAAGAUGGCUUCCUCAGGGUGUCCACAACACUGCCUGAGUAUCUAUCCCAGGAACCUUUUCAGCCACAAACUGUGAGCACCCUGGACACCAUCAUCCCCAUUGAAGUCUUCUACAAAUCCACCAUGGUGAUGCCCAUGCAUAAGCCUGACUCCACCACUGUGGCCCCCACUGUGGCCCCCAAUGUGGUGCCCAGCGCUUUGCCUGAAUCAGAGGUUACAGAGGAGGAGGGCAUGCCAGUGAAGAAUCCGGUGGUGGAGGAGUAUGGAGAUGACCUUUACGCACACCUCUAUGAUGAUCUCUCUGUUUCCACGGUAACAGCGGGUCCGAAUGUGACUGAAUAUGAGACUCUUGAAUAUGACGAUUUCAAGAAUGACACAGAGUCGUCGUAUGAGGAGUAUGAAAUGUAUGAGAACGGCUUUGACUUCGCAGAGCGGGAAGGAGCACAAACGUGGGAUGGAGAGACCAGCCUCAGAGCAGAGAAAGGCCAGAAGGGAGAGCCAGCUAUUUUUGAGCCGGGUACAUUAGUGGAAGGAUCUCCAGGUCUACCAGGGCCACAGGGGCUUGCAGGUCCUGCUGGACCAACUGGCCCUCCGGGACCAAGGGGAGAUGCUGGUGAAAUGGGUCCCCCAGGACGUCCUGGACUUGCAGGCGUUGAUGGGAUUCCAGGUCCCCCAGGAACACUAUUGAUGCUACCAUUCCAGUAUGGAGGUGAUUCCCAGAAAGGACCAGUGGUGUCUCCCCAGGAGGCGCAGGCUCAGGCUAUCCUGCAACAGGCCAAGCUGUCACUGAAGGGACCUCCAGGUCCUUUGGGUCUCACAGGGCGACCAGGCCCGCUGGGUGUUUCAGGUCCCGGGCUCAAAGGAGACCACGGAGACAAUGGCCCUCCUGGGCCACGUGGGUUGCCAGGCCCUCUGGGAAUCAAUGGAAAGCUGGGAAAGAGGGUGAGAUAUCUUGAGGGCGCAGGAGUGGACGGGGGUCGUGGAGCUCCAGGUGAAACAGGCUCUAAGGGUGACAGGGGCUUUGACGGCCUGCCAGGUCUCCCAGGAAACAAGGGGCACAAAGGAGACAGAGGAAAGCCUGGUCCUUCCGGGCCCAUCGGAGAGGCAGGAGAAAAGGGACCUGAUGGACCUGUGGGGCCAAGAGGGCAACCGGGCGAGCCUGGUGCUCGGGGUCUUGUCGGACCAAGGGGGCCAGCUGGCCCACCUGGCCAACCGGGUAUUACUGGAACUGAUGGAGUACAAGGGCCGAAGGGCAACCUGGGUCCAGCUGGAGAAAUUGGGUCCCCAGGCCAACAGGGAAAUCCAGGAGUUCAGGGCUUGCCUGGGUCUCAGGGUCCCAUUGGAGUGCCGGGAGAGAAGGGACCCCAGGGGAAACAAGGCAUGCAGGGACUAGCAGGCAUUGAUGGCCCUCCUGGUCACCCAGGAAGAGAGGGCCCAGCUGGAGAGAAAGGCAUACAAGGCUUACCAGGUGCUCAGGGGCCCGUUGGGUACCCAGGGACCCGUGGAGUGAAGGGAGCAGAUGGAGUCAGGGGUCUAAAAGGGGGCAAAGGAGAGAAGGGAGAAGAUGGCUUCCCUGGGUCCAAAGGUGACAUGGGCAUCAAGGGAGACAGGGGUGAUAAUGGAGCUGCUGGACCUCGUGGAGAAGAUGGGCCUGAGGGGCUAAAGGGCCAAUCAGGACCCCUUGGAGAUGGAGGAGCUCUCGGGAUAGCUGGCGAGAAGGGUAAACUUGGCGUGCCUGGAUUGCCGGGAUACCCAGGAAGACAAGGUCCUAAGGGAUCUCUUGGCUUCCCUGGUGGGGCCGGGGUCAUAGGAGAGAAAGGACGAAGGGGUCCAGCUGGUCAACCAGGAUCUGGGGGCCAAAGAGGUCCUAAUGGAGCCCGGGGGGGCAGAGGAGCGAAUGGACCCACUGGAAAGCCUGGAGAAAAGGGUAUUGCUGGACAAGACGGUCCCCCAGGAUCAACUGGAGAACAGGGUCCCCUAGGUCCACAGGGAAGAAACGGAGAACCAGGACCUAAAGGCCCUAAUGGGCCACCUGGAAAAGAUGGAUUACCAGGUCAUCCAGGCCAGAGGGGGGAACCAGGCUUCCAAGGGAAGAAUGGACCCCCUGGCCCAUCAGGUGUUGUUGGACCACAGGGUAAAUCUGGUGAGACGGGGCCAACUGGAGAUAGAGGACAUCCAGGUUCACCAGGACCACCGGGUGAGCACGGAUUACCUGGAUCUGCCGGAAAGGAGGGUGCCAAGGGAGACCCAGGUCCACCAGGAGCUUCAGGGAAAAGUGGCCCCGCUGGGCUGCAAGGCUUCAGAGGGAGCAGAGGGACCCCUGGUGCAACGGGUCCUGCAGGUCUGAAAGGGGGAGAGGGUCUACCUGGUAUUGCAGGACUUAUUGGUGCUACAGGAGAGAGGGGACCCGAUGGACCUGCUGGCGCUAUAGGCCAGCCAGGACGGUCCGGUGGAGUGGGUCCUGCUGGGCCAAUGGGAGAGAAAGGCGAGCCAGGAGAGAAGGGGCCUGUGGGGCCGGCUGGGCAUGACGGGGAAGUGGGACCUGGGGGGCUGCCAGGGGCUGCAGGCUCUCCUGGGCCGCCAGGAGAAGAUGGAGACAAGGGAGAGAUAGGAGGACCAGGCCAGAAGGGCAGCAAAGGAGACAAAGGAGAAUAUGGACCCCCAGGACCUCUUGGAAUUCAAGGACCUGUGGGCCAGCCAGGACUGACAGGUGCAGAUGGAGAGCCAGGUCCUCGUGGGCAGCAGGGAAUGAAUGGAGCCAAAGGAGAUGAAGGACAACGAGGCUUCAAGGGGGCAUCUGGGCCUUCUGGACUACAGGGAAUGCCAGGCCCCUCGGGGGAGAAGGGAGAGAGUGGCCACGUUGGCUCAAUGGGGCCUCCAGGACAGCAUGGCCCACGAGGCCCUCAGGGACCAAUUGGUGGAGAGGGUGCACCUGGUAUGCCAGGUGGAGUCGGUCAGCCUGGAAUUGUCGGAGAGAAGGGUGAAGACGGAGAAGCUGGAGAUCCAGGGUCAGCUGGAGAGACCGGUGCUGCUGGUGCCAAAGGCGACGUGGGGGAGAAGGGUGACAGUGGCCCUCCAGGUGCAGCUGGGCCUUCCGGACCCAGAGGAACACCAGGGGAGGACGGACCCAAAGGCAACCUUGGCCCUAUUGGAUUUCCUGGAGACUCAGGACCCCCUGGAGAACCUGGUGUCAAUGGAGUGGACGGUGGAUCGGGGCCUAAAGGAGACAAUGGAGAACCAGGCAAAGCAGGACCCGCAGGAGCCUCUGGAGAGCCUGGUCCUACAGGUCCUCCUGGACGAAGGGGUCAUAUAGGAGCUGCAGGAAAAGAAGGGAAGCAGGGCAUGAAGGGAGGAAAGGGGACCCAAGGAACUCUGGGUCCUGUUGGGAAGACAGGCCCAGUGGGACCUCAGGGACAUCCAGGUAAUUCUGGUCCAGAGGGUUUUCGAGGCAUCCCAGGUCCAGCUGGGGAGCAAGGGUUAAAUGGACCGCCAGGACAAACAGGACCACCAGGACCACUAGGACCACCAGGACUUCUAGGUUUAAAAGGAGACCCUGGAAAUAAGGGAGAUAAAGGUCACGGUGGGCUGAUCGGUCUAAUUGGACCCCCCGGAGAACCUGGUGAGAAGGGAGAUAGAGGCCUGCCAGGGAACCAGGGUACACAAGGGCCUAAAGGAGAUGAGGGUCUGGCUGGUACCAGUGGUCCCACUGGCCCAUUGGGACCCCCAGGACUGUCAGGUGCAGCUGGUGAGAAAGGAUCGAAGGGAGAGAUGGGUGUUGUUGGUCCCAGAGGCGAUCGAGGCGCUGCUGGCCCCCCAGGACCCCGAGGACUGCCCGCGACAUUGGUUCAGCCCCUGCCAAUCAGGGAGGGCAAGCGGAAAAGACGGAGACACUCAGACAGGGACAGAGGAGCAUCCCCACCCAGAGAGGAGGAUUUGGAUCUAGAUAUGGACGAGUUUCUCCAGGGAGAUCAGCCUCUGGAGGAUGCUGAGGGAAUGGAAGAAGUCUUUGCCACCCUGUCCUCCAUGAAGACAGAAGUAGAGGUAAUGAGAAGACCCCUGGGAACCUUUGAGAGCCCCGCCCGGACAUGCAAGGAGCUUAUGAUGGUCCAACCCAACUAUAAAGAUGGGGACUACUGGAUUGAUCCUAACCAGGGCUGUCACCGAGACUCCAUCAAGGUCUACUGUAACUUCACAGCCGAUGGAGAAACAUGUCUCUACCCUGACAAGAGGAUUGAGAUGGUGAAAUUAGCAGCCUGGAACAAAGAGAAGCCAGGAAGCUGGUUCAGCCAAUACAGGAAAGGCAAGCAGUUCACCUACAAUGACAGGGAUGGGAACCCUGUACAUGUAGUACAACUGACUUUCCUAAAACUACUGAGUGCUACAGCCAAGCAGAGCUUCACCUACACCUGCCAGAACUCUGCAGGAUGGUUUGACAGCACCACCCACUCCUACCAGCAUGCACUCCGUUUCCGGGGCAGCAAUGAUGAGGAACUCACACAAGCCAAAAGUCCUUUCAUCAGUGCAGUGCAUGAUGGAUGCCAGUCCGGCAAAGGUCAGGAGAGGACGGUUCUAGAGAUUGACUCCCCCUCCGCAGAGCUACUGCCUAUUAUAGAUGUGGCUGCAACAGACUUCGGCAACAGCAACCAGAAAUUUGGAUUCCAAGUUGGACGAGUUUGCUUUAAUGGUUAACAUCACGCCCAAAAACAAACAACCAAAAAAUGGACCUUGACAGCAAGUUUUAGUAAGAAAACUGGACUUUUAUCACUGCCCAAGUAAUAUUUAUUUUAUUCUGUUCCUUUAUGUGGUUGGCCUGUGGUAUGUCAUUUGAGACUCUUCCACUGCCAAUGAAAUAGGUUUGUGGCUUUACAACAAUGAGAAGAAUGUCAAGAACAAGGACAUGCAUCAGUGGGAACAAAGCACAUUUACUAAAGGGAAAAAUUCCAGUUAGAUGUAUUUAAUUUUAAGUGUUUUUUAAUCUCACUGUUUGUGCUGUAUUCUCUAGAAUAAUGCGGAUUACACCACUUUUUAGAAAACAUGUCCGAUAUGUCCCAUCACUGAAAGGAAUAGUGUGUCAUUCCGUGGUAUGGGAUCAGUGAAGUGGACCUCUUCAGACCAUGGAUGAACUAGUUGCUGCCUAAUGUUUUUAAUAGACUGAGACUGAAAUAAUCCGAGCAAAGAGAUGUUGUCUUACUCAUUUGUAUGCUCACAUUUCCCCAUAAUGACAAUCGAAUUGCAGUUGUGAACUAGCCUAGCAUAUUAAUGUAACACACGCAAAGUAAUUAAUUUCCUGUGUGCAGGAAUGAUAAAUUGUCCUUUUUUACCCUUCAACUGCAGUUUGCUCAGUGAAUAACCUCCAUUAGUAUUCAACAGGCGUAGCUAGUUAUUGAACCCAACACUUACUUGAACGGAUAAGGUUGUUUCCUUCAUUGGACGGCCUCCCUCCUUGGGCUUGAUAAUACUCAUUUUGAGCCCUCUACAGUAUGUUUCUGAGGACUACAGUCCUGUCAAACUUACAUUCCUCCUACUGUGGUGUUUACUUGCUGUGACAUACCUCAGCAACAUGGUUGGGGCUAUUUCAGGGCAAAAAUUAAUAGCAUGCUGAUUAUAAAUGUUCUCCAGUCUAGUCGUGUAGUCCUUUAUACAAAGAGACAUGUCACGCAUCUCUUGAAAGCAUUUUGUAACUGCUGACAUAACCUGUAUUCACUUUUCUGGCCCACUCACUGUUAUUUGUUUCACAUGUUGAAUUCAACAGAAUUAUGUGGCUGUUCAUUUGACAUGAUUUGCUCUUCAGUGGUGCUAAAGAUGAUUCUGUUAUUUUUAUUUCAAUGUGUUUGUGUGUCUCUGUGGGCAGGAUUAUAGGACGAGAGAGGGAGGAGAGGGUUAUUGCUCUUUCAGCAGCACAAAACACCCUCCGAGGCUGGGGACUAGUCUACUGUGUUUUUUUGCACAUCUUCUGGCUGAUUGUGCCAAUUUCACAAGGCCAGUGAAAGGAGGGCAGGGACAGUACAGAGCAAUGUGGUUUAUCGCUUUGAAGGGAAAAUCCAUUCUUAAACUGAACUCACAGUUUGCUGUUCCACUGGUUUUAAACAGUAAAUCAGCUUCUGCAAUACAGACAACUGUCAACAAAGCGUAGAAAUCACUGCAUCAUGACUGAAGUUUUGGAUGUCAUCAGGUAGCAUUUUGAGAACAUGUGAAAAAAAUCUGCUUGAAAUUUUUCAUUUACAAACAUAGAGCUGUGAGUAAGAAUUAGUCCUUAUGUCCCUGUUAAAUUACCAUGGGUGUCAUUACAGUGCCGUGUUAUUCUAUUAUUCACCGUCUGUGGAGGAGCUCCAGGAUUUGUUUUUAGAUGACAUUAUUACCACAGUCUGUCUCUGCCUAUCGGCUUAAACGGAGACUUCAAAUAAACAAACAGAGCCGUGAAAUAUCACUGUAACCACAAAUGGAUGUGAUCCUGUUUUACUGUUGGUUUUCCCUUUAGCAAAUGACAUUUCUUCACAGCUCUGCCUGUAUCCUCCAAGUCAAACAGUGGACUGUCUAUCCAGCGCUUGUUAUUUUGUAACUAACUCCUGCUGUUCUGUUUGUUUCAUGACAUUUAAACAUUCCAGUUAUUAACCCAGCUCCUUCUGGCCCAUCCUGUGCUGCCCCUGCUGUGUAUAGUGUUUGUUAAACUAAUUUUAUAUACUGUACAGUUAUUUGGAGGACUUUAUGAGCAGUUACCAUUUGCCUGUAUGAAAAAUGCAUUUGUCAAAAUUUGACUGUUGAAUUAAAACAAAUAAGAAAUCCUUCUUCCUUCUGUUUUCUUCCUCUUCAGAACCAUGUAGGCGGGUUAGAACAAUAACCAUGAGAGCGUGUGGCC